UAUCCAUGACCCGAAAAGGAAAGAUUAGCUGGCGUGUAAAUGUAUAUUCCCAAAAACAUUAGGUCAAUCUGAAACAAACUAUCAAAAUACAGGGGUUUAAAAGUGAAAAUACAUAUUAGUUGAGCGCCUUACCAAAGCAAAGCACCCUAAAAAGAGAGAACAUCGGAGAGUGACGUAAACACGACCGUUGAUAAGCACCGUUUCAACUCGCCGCCGGUGACAUUAAAAACCGCCAAAUCAAAAUUAUCUCAGAAUCUCCCAUUACCCCUUUCAGAAAGAUCUUCACCUUGUGUGGGUUUUCACCUUCCUCAAUCAGUGAUUGCUUCUCACUACAAUCGAUCUUCAAUCCUCUCUCUUUACUCUCUUCCAGGGUAAGAUCUUAUAUGAUAUGAUCUUCUAAGAGGAGGAUACAAGUCUCUGUCAUCGUGUAGCUCGAUAUGAAGAAGAGUGUAACCAAGGGGAGGAUCGAGAAAGAAACAGAUAAGGCUUGUGUUUCGGUUGAGAAAGCUGAGUCUACUCUACUCUCAUCUCUUGUGAAGAAAGGAAAACAAACAUCGAACAAGAGAAAGUACACUAAGCGCAAAUCCGAGGAAGAAAUAAGUUCGAAAUCAAACAAGAGGAAGUAUUCUCGUUGCAAUGAGGAGGAGGAGGAGGAGAAGGGUAAGAAAACGAGGAAGAGGAAAAGGAAGAGACAGCAAAAGGGUAAUAAGGCUGAGGAGGAGGAGGAGGUAGAUGAAGCGUUACGGUUGCAGAGACGAACAAGGUAUUUGCUUAUUAAGAUGAAGAUGCAGCAGAAUCUCAUCGAUGCUUACGCAGCUGAAGGUUGGAAAGGUCAGAGCCGGGAAAAGAUAAGACCAGACAAGGAGCUUGAGAGAGCACGGAAACAUAUCUUAGACUGCAAGCUUGGACUACGCGACGCCAUUCAUCAGUUAGAUCUUCUUAGCUCGGUGGGAAGGAUGGAGGAGAAAGUUAUGGCUCCAGAUGGUUCUAUUCAUCAUGACCAUAUAUUUUGUGCGGAAUGCAACUCGCGAGAGGCUUUUCAGGACAACGAUAUAAUACUUUGCGAUGGAACGUGUAACCGUGCGUUUCACCAGAAGUGUCUUGACCCUCCUUUGGAAACAGAAAGCAUACCUCCUGGAGAUCAAGGCUGGUUUUGCAAAUUUUGUGAUUGCAAAAUUGAAAUCAUCGACACAAUGAAUGCACAGAUAGGAACUCAGUUCUCUGUGGAUAGCAACUGGCAGGAUAUAUUUAAUGAAGAAGCUAGUCUGCCUAAUGGAUGUGAAGCUACACUUAACAAAGAAGCGGAUUGGCCUUCGGAUGACUCUGAGGAUGGUGAUUAUGACCCUGAAACGAAGGAUAAAAGCAGCAACAAAAGCGAUAGUGGUGGUGGUGGUGGUGAUAAUGAUGGGGAAAGCGUUUCGAGUAGUAGCGUGAGUUUAGCAUCUGACGGUGUAGCACUUUCAACAGGAUCGUGGGAAGGUGGCAAUAUGGUGGAUUCAGAGGAGACGAGUAACGAAGAAACUGUGUGCGGACCAAGACAGAGGAAGACUGUUGACUAUACUAAACUAUACCAUGAAAUGUUUGGGAAAGAUGCUGUUCUGCAAGAGCAAGGUAGUGAAGACGAAGAUUGGGGUCCGAGUGACAGAAGGAAGAGAAAAAAGGAAUCUGAUGGAGCAAGCACACUGGUAGCUGUGUGUGAGAACAGUAAGAAAGAUCAACAUGUUGUUAAGGAAACACCAGAAAAGACUCAACAUAGUGAGAGAGAUUCUGUCUCUGUAGAAGGCAAAGUAGGGAAGAGACCAAUGUUUAGAAUCCCAAGAGCUGCAGUUGAGAAGCUACGUCAAGUGUUUGUAGAGAAUGAGCUUCCUUCCAAAGAUGUGAGAGAGAGGCUUUCAAAAGAGUUGAGUCUUGACCCAGAGAAGGUUAGCAAAUGGUUCAAAAAUGCGCGGUAUAUGGCAUUGAGGAAUAGGAAGACGGAAAGUAUGAAACAACCUGAAGGGUCGAAGGCAGGGUCUGAAGAUUCUGGACUAGAAGCAGUCUUGGUGGAGAAAAACACAGAAAGAAAUGAACUUCAAGACACUGUGGACAAGACUGCCAAGGAGAAAAACACAGAAACAAAUGAAACUCAAGGUAUUGCUGACGAGAGUGUCAUGGAGGAAAACAUUGGAACAAAUGAAAUUCAAGACUCUGUGGAUGAGAGUACCAAGGAGAAAAACACAGGAGCAAAUGAAAAUCAUGACACCUUGGACCAGACUGUUACAGAGGAAAACACAGUAACAAAUGGAAUUCAAGAUACCUUGGACGAGACUGUCAUGGAGGAAAACACAGAAGCACCAAAGUUUCAAGAUACCUUGGUUGAGACUUUCAUGGAGAAAAAUUCAGAAACAAAUGAGGUUCAAGAUACAGCGGAAGAGACUGUAGACGUGGAGAACAACUCAGAAACAAAUGAAAUACAAGGCACCAUGGAAAUAAAUGAAAUUCAGGAUACCAUUGACGAGACUGUUCCACUCAGAUAUGAUGAUUUUACCAAUCAGACGACAGUUUCUGCCUGUAAUGAUAAGCAGGAGGAAACUGAAGACGCCAAUGACUCCUUUCCUACUCCCCCAGAAGAUGAAAGUCAACAGUAUCUUGAACAGAAAGACUCUUCUUUCGCUCUAGUGCCGCAUGAAGAGCUAACCAGCGAAAUGAGCGUAGAGACGCCUCUUGAGGAUAAGGAGGCAGAGAGCCAGUUAAAGGAAGAGGAAGAAUUGGAAGCGUUGAUGGAGGUUCUUUGUAGAGCAGAAAACAAGUUAAUGGAUGUAACGCAUAGGCUUGAGAGAUUUAGAACACCCAAAGGCCGUAAAAAGUUAAGCAAGUCUUCUUCUUGUUUAUCUGAAGAAGACUAUGUAGUGUAUGUACCAACAGCAGAGAUCAAAGUGAAAAGGUGAAAAGAAACGUAGAUCUCUUGCUCAAGUUUUGGUGUUGUUGGAUUCUUUGGGAAAUCAAGUUUAAGAAUACCCUUUUGUAUUUUGUCCAGCUUGUCAUCUAAAGAUUCUAAACUUAAAAUAAAUCCCAGGAAAAAAAAAUAAAACUCAGAACUUGAGAUCUUUUGACGUAACA